AUGACGACCCUCUUAGGAUUGGCAUCCUGUAUUGGAGGUCUGAUAACUUAUAUUCAUAAGACAUAUUUCAACCCAACACCUAUAAUCCACCAUGGCGGAUACAAGUGCAUAAAACUUCUAGCUUGUUUCUCUAUCCCUGUCACUCUACUCCGGUGGGAUGACUACUCGACACGACCGGUGAGGUUUAAGGCGCAGUAUCGACGGCUUUACGUGCUCUCCGAAGCAGGGAGUGUGAAACACCGCCAUCUUCCCAACACCGGGCUGGUACUGAGGCUUACUAAACUAAAAGACUCAAUAACUAAAUUUGGCCCGACCCGGGAUUCGAACCCAGGGUCUCCAGAUGUGCAGUCGUACAUGAUAGCCACUACACCACCUACGCAGUUAUUAGUAGUGCCUAUUUUAUCAGACGAGAUGAGACAAUCAACAGUUUUACUGCUUCUGGCAGUAUUUAUUGCCUACACACACUCUGCACCGCAAUUCAUAUCCUUCAAUGAUGGAAAAUUAGGAGUAAAUUUUGGAGGCUAUCAUGCUGGUGUCGGUAUUGGUGGUCUGCUAGGUGGAAGUGGCGGCGCUGGAGGUUUAUAUGCUGAAGCUGGAACUCCUCAUGGCCAGUCAGCAAGAGCUGGUCUUGGAGGAGGAGUGAGUGAAAAUGGAGGCGCAGCUGGUGGCCUUUAUGCAGGCGCUACAGCAGGCGGUAAAAUUAAGGCAUCAGCAGGUCUAGCUGGAGGAGUGGGCGCUGAACAUUCCGGUGGAGUUGGAUACGCUUCAGCUCAAGCUGGAAAUAAUUACGCUGCAACUGGAAUGGGAGGCGAAUCUUCUUUAGGAGGUUCUUCAGAAUUUUCCUUCACUGGAACAAAAAAUAUUGUUAUCCCAGUGCAUUCCGUUGAAGUAAAACCAACAGAGAAAAAGAUACAUGCUGAGUUUAAUGUUGAUGCUUUUAAUGAAGUUCAGCCCUUAGCCAGGGCACCAAAGGUAGAAACAGAAGUAAAAACUCAUAUAGAAAAGAAAAUUGUACAUGAAAAUGUACAACCAGUUGUGGUAAAAGAAGUAUACGUACAACCCCAAACGAAAGUUGUUGAGAAAGAAGUUAUUCGCACACACUAUAAGCCAAGAAGGCAUCAUUUCCGCAAAACAGCUUUUGUAGGUGGGUAUGUCGGAGGACAGGGUGAUAUCGGAGCACCUGUAGUAUACAAAACUGUUGAGCCACAGAUCGAGAAAAGGAUAGAUGUGGCAGCUUCGUCAUCUGUGAAUGCUGGUGCAGGUGCAGCAGUAGAAGGACACGUAAAUGGUGGAGUCAACUCAGGUCAUGUCUACACUAAACAUGUGACCUAUCAAAAAAGUCCUAGUUUCUUCGAAGAUAUAUUUAACAUUCCGAUAUCGACAUUGAAAGCGGUGGGUAGUUUUCUAGGAAAUACAGCUGCAAAUACAAAUAUAUCAGUACAAAAAAGUGCAACCGUUCAAGCAGAAUCAGAAUCAAAAUCAUUAAAACACGAUCCUUCCUCAUCAUCAGUAUCAUCAUCCGCUCAUGUUUCAGUCGAAACACCGACUGCUUCAAAAUUCAUUGAAGAUAUAUUCGCUAUACCAAUUAAUACUCUGGGAGCAGUAAAUCAAUUUCUACAAAACAAUGUAGGAAGGAAAACUGUACAGGUAGGUGGAGACGGGAGUAUUGACGAAGGAAGAGUGAGGCGUGGACCUCAUGGGAGACGAAGAGCUCACAAACACGUAGUUGUUGUUGAAGAAGAAACACCAGCAGAAAAAGAAAUA